GUGGCGCAUUGAAGGGUUUGUUUAAGCAUGAAGGUCUUGCUACUAUCUGUAGCCGUGCUCUUCUUCACAGGGGCACAGGGGCGCUACUUUUGGCAACAGGAUGAACCUCACCAAGAACCACAUUCAGACAAAACAAUAGAGAAGAUUGCACAGGAUGGAAUUGCAAUUGUGACAGAGCUUUGGAAAAACUUUGAUCUUAGCAAAAUUGCAAAGGAAUAUCAAAUUAAAGAGAGGCUGCAAACGGCAAAGAAACAUGCCAAAAAACUAGAGGAAGCAAUUGAAAGUUACUAUGACGAAGUUUUCAAGAAAUUCGAUGAACAGCUUCAUGAGAAGUUCCCAACCUUUAGGACAAAGGUAGUCCCUAUUUUGAAGGAUUUUGAUGAUGCUUUGGAAGAACAGCUUACAAAAGUUGCAAAAGAAAUAGUGCCUGUUGGAUCCGAUCUUAUAGUUGGAAUAACUAAGCAUCUAGGUAAUUUCUUUGAAAAUCUGGAAAGCGUUGCAGAAAAAGGCCGGGAUGCGUUGCGCGGUGAGAUUGACAGCCUGCGCGUAAAAUUGCAACCCUAUGUGGAUGAAGUCCAUGCAGAAUAUGAGAGAUAUCGCAAAGAUUUCCAGGGUGAGUUACAGAAGGAUUAUACAGAGCUGAAGCAGGAUGUAGAGAAGAAUGUAGAGAAGAUACGGGAACAAGCUAAGCCUCACAUCGAAAACUUAAAACAGAAAUUCCCAGAUCGUAAGGAAUUCCAAGAAAACGUGGAGAAGUUCCUUAAGGAACUGACAGAAACAUUGGAAAAGAUGUAAGAAGGGCAACAAAAGAAAAGCAAUGAAGAAAUGUGAUUUCUAACUCUUAUGACUUCACUCUAUGACAUCUAAAAGUCUUCAGUGUAAUAUCUCUGUUCAGCUUAUUAGUCUUCAAUGUAAUAUCUCAG